ACCCAACAGUAUUUUUCAUUUUGCAGUAUUCUUGACAUGGCUCUUUCCAGUAUCCUGACAGAAGCUGAAAUUGCUGCUGGUCUACAGAGUUGUCAAGCCGCUGAUUCAUUUGAUUAUAAAACCUUUUUUGUCAAAGUGGGUCUCAAUUCCAAGUCCAAAGAGCAAGUUGCCAAAGUCUUCGGAAUUCUUGACCAGGACAGGAGUGGCUUUAUUGAGGAAGAGGAACUGAAACUUUUCCUGAAGAAUUUCUCAGCCAGUGCCAGAGCUUUGACUGAUGCUGAGACCAAGGCGUUCCUGGCAGCAGGGGACAGUGAUGGAGAUGGUAAAAUUGGAGUGGAUGAGUUUCAAGCUCUGGUCAAAUCAUAACCAGGAGUCAAGAUAAAGACCAAGAUAUAUGUGCCAUAAACAAUCUAUCCUAUUGCAAACCUACUGUUUAUUUACACAUUUUAUACCCUGAAAGGUCAUGAACAAUUGUUAGAAAGUGGUUUCUUAUUGCUGGAAAACAUCUGAAGUGGUACAAGUAAUACUUAAGUUGGGCUGCCAGGUGUUUUAAGCAAAAGAUCCGUGCCAUGAGGGACUGAACUGAAUUCACUCCUCAAAUCCGAAUUUAGGGCAUUAAAGAUACAAACUUAUAUAUUAAGAGGAGAAAUUGAAAGCAUCUCUGUGGGCCACUGAAUUUUCAAUAUUUGCAUAAAUAGCUAGCAUAUAUUGUAAAAAACCAGGAUUAAUGAAAUGUCCAGAUAUAAAAUGUUUAUGGCAACUGGUAGCAGUGGUAUUUAAAAAGAGGCAUUUUAAUAUUCCAUAUGUUUUUCUGUCAUUCUUUAUGCAAAUGAUUGUGUUUCAGAGACUAAGUGUAUUGCAGAACCUUGCACUAAUUAAGUCAUCAAUUUAAGAUCAACUGGAUCCAGGAUGAAUUUAGAUUACUGAAAUAGCAAUAUAUUCAAAAUUCCCCAAAGAAUCCCUCACCUUCAUGCCCACUCGAGGGCACUAUUGUUCCACUACUGAGAAGCUGAAACAGUGUUCUGUGUGCUCAAAUGGAUUCCAGAAACUCCUCGUGUUCCACCUGCCACUUCUGCAAAAAGCACUUCAAAAAAACAAGUCCCCAAUGCUCCAUAAGAGCAAAUAGGGGAAUGCUGCUAAAUAAUCAACAUUCUACUGCUUUUCUCCUCAGCACUGAGAAUAACAU